AUGGGUCUCUCCAAGACUCACAGGAUUAUCAUCCUGCUGGUGAUCGACUCGGCCUUUUUCCUGCUGGAAUUGAGCACUGGUUAUGCCGUCCACUCCCUUGCUCUCGUCGCCGACUCAUUUCAUAUGCUCAACGAUGUCAUCUCUCUUUGUGUCGGUCUCUGGGCGGUCCGUGUCGCCAACAACGAAACAAACUCCAAGAUGUACACUUAUGGCUGGCAACGCGCGGAAACUCUCGGUGCCCUUGUGAAUGGUGUCUUCUUGGUUGCACUGUGCAUGUCGAUCUUCCUGGAGGCCAUUCAACGAUUGGUCGAGCCCCAAGAGGUGCAGAAUCCUAAGUUGGUCUGCAUCGUCGGAUGCUUGGGCCUUCUUUCCAACAUGAUCGGCCUUGUGCUCUUCCACGAUCACUCUCACGGUCACGGCGGUCAUGGUCACUCCCAUGGCCAUUCUCACGACGAGGAGGAUGUGGAACAAGGUCACGAGCACGAGCAUGGCCAUGUCCACGACCACGACCAUGAACAUCAAAGUGACCCCAUCGCCGCCGAUCCUCGAGGGAGCGUUGCGGAGAUCAUGCCCGAGAACCUCGUCGGUGCCCGUGGUCCUGCCAGUCUCUCGCAGACCAGUUUUCCCGCCACCGAGCCCGCUUCUCCUAGCUCCCGCAAGCGUCGCCGGGAAUCUCAAACUCGUGGCUCGCGCCGCUACAGCACUUCGACCGGGCGUGGCAUCGUUAAUGUGGAGGAUAUCUACGUUCACCCGGCGACUAUGCGACAGGAUAUCAUUGCUGCUAGUCGCGGCACCUUUGAUAUCGAGCAGUCCUCGGAUUCCGACAGCCGCGAUGACGAAACCCCCACCGAGCGAUCCGGCCUGCUGCACAACCGCGACCGCGCCUCCAACUACACCGAUGAACAAGAUGGCCCCUUCAAGGUUUCCCCUCGCACCAUCGAAGAGGAUGUUCACAAGGACCACAACCACGCCCAACCCAAGCCGAAGAACAAGAAGGGCGGCCACAAUCACGACCUCAACAUGCGCGGUGUUUUCCUCCACGUCAUGGGCGAUGCCCUUGGCAACAUUGGUGUGAUUGCCUCUGCCCUCAUCAUCUGGCUCACUGACUACGAAUGGCGAUUCUACGUCGACCCCGGCAUUUCCCUCCUUAUCACCGUGAUCAUUCUGAUUUCCGCCAUUCCCCUCUGCAAGGCCGCCUCGCGUAUUCUCCUGCAAGCUGUGCCGCAGGGCAUGAGCGUCGACCACAUCAAGGAGGACAUUGAAGGUCUUCCCGGUGUCAUUGGCUCUCACCAUCUCCACGUCUGGCAGCUCAGCGAUACUAAGAUUGUCGCAUCCAUUCACAUCCAGGUGGACACCCAAAUCAAGGGCGAAGGCUCGGAGCGCUACAUGCGUCUUGCGCGUCAGAUCCGCCGCUGCUUGCACGCAUAUGGCAUCCACUCUUCCACCAUCCAGCCCGAGUUUGCCCCAGAUAGCGAUAUCGACGAGAUCCAGAACGGCACUCUGCCUUCUUCGUCUUCUCGUGUGGUGAAUACCGAUGCCAACCACUCCAGCAGUGCUGGCAGUCUUCGUGACGGCGACCCUAAGGCUUGUCUUCUGGAAUGCGAUGACAAUUGCGGCCGUGUUGGUCAAUGCUGUCCUAAAAAAACCCCUUAA